AUGAGCGAGAAGGCUGUUAUUAAAAAGGUCUUUGCACAUAUGAAAAAGGGUAAUAUCAUUGGGACUCGUCCAGUUGCUGAAAAUGUAAUUAAGAUUGAUUCUAAAGCUACUUACUCUGGAGACUCACAAAUAUUGAAAUACAGAUCAUAUAAUUCAGCACUCACAAAGAACAAUUUCUUGGAGAUAUUACCUGAAAGUACAUUUAUCCCUCCAGAUAGGGUUAAAUUAAUUAAUUCGAUUGGAAAAAAUUUUGACUUAGCAAAAAUGAGGGAUCAUAGGUAUUUUCAUUUUAAAGACAAUUAUCUUCUAUUGUUUAAAGAUCAGAAAUCACUGCGAUAUUAUUAUGAAAAUACUAAAGCAUCAAGAAUAAAUAAAGCAAAGGUUCGCUUCGAAGUUGUAAAUAAAGACAUGGAUGCGGUUAGCAACUCCUAUAGAAGAUAUGUAAAUAAUCUAUUAGCAGCUUAUAAUUCAGGUGGGUUAUAUGGUGCUGCAAUUAAAUGUGAGACCCUUCAUUUUGGUUCAAAGAUGGAUGGCAUGAAUCUUUUAGAUUUACAGUCACUUAUAAAACCUGUAGAAGCAAAAUCAGCAUUGGUAUGGAAUUUACCAGAUAAACAGAGUUCAGAUGAAGUAAUGGACCGUUUUUGGUUCUAUGAUAUAAAGCAUUGUUUCAAGCUAUAUUUUGAUCCUGACCUCAAAUAUAAAACGUUAUAUUAUAUGGCGUUUAAUAAUGAAGCCGAAUGUGAAAGGUUCAAAAGAAAUUUCCACGGUGCAUAUAUUACAGAAAAUGAUAUAGGUUCAAAGGUAUUGAUAGAAAGAUUGACUUAA